AUGACCUUUAGUUCGGCUGAUAGGAAGCGACCAUCGCGAAGCCCAGUAUUCUCCUUCAACCAGCCCACCAGUUUCCGGAAGACCGGCUGUUCCAUACGAAAGAGCUCCCGGAACCGUAUAUGCGAGCCAUCUAGCAAAUCGUUGGCGAUCCGCAUCGGCGCCUCUGGACCACCACGAUGGAUGGAGUGUCGGAUACCGUGCCGCCGUACUGCACCCAGGGUAGCGAUGGCGCCCAUUACCGCCGCAUUGCAAAACGCCCUUCGCCGCUGUAUGGCCGCCCGCGUUAUACCGACUACAUCCAUCGCCACGGUCGGAAAACACCAAAAACGAGCGGCACAUACAACCUCUCUUUUCCCUAUUUCGGCAUCUUACACGCAACGCGCCGCGCGACACGCCCGCGAUUACAGGGGUUCUGCCGCCUCUGACCGCCUCCACCGCAGCCGUAAUCCUGAGCUCGACAUCGUAAUCCCCAAAAUCGGGGAUUACGAAAAAGAGGGUUUGGAAGGCAUUUUCGUGCCCCUGACUUGGCGAUUAAGCCUUUUACAGGCAAAAUCCACUGCCCGGAAGGGAAAAGCGCCUCCAUUUAACCUGUGCGCGGCAUUUUUCGGUACUGGCAGGGGGGGGGGGCCGACACAGGAUUACCGUAAUCCUGUGCGUCUGGAUCAGGCCCUUAGAGUGCCGAGACACAGGGAGGCGACCCCGGCAACGGUGCUGGUCGCUUCAACCUCCCAGGAGGAAGCACGCAAGGCGUGCGACGAGGGAGUGAUCUGGAGGGCUCAACUACUGGACUGCGAGCCUUACUGGCCUGCCCUCAGAAGACAUCCGGCGUGGUCAGGAGAGUGCCCGGAGAAGUCGAAGGUCCUCGCGAAGGCCAAGGAGGCCUACCAAUUCCGACCACGGACAUACGAGACCGCAACCACGAUCUCUGCCAUCGCGACUCACACGAGCGCCCCCACGUUCAGCUUCGGCGCUGAAGAGAGGGAGGACGACAGCUACCAGGUGGUAGGCAGGAAGAGGCUGAGAGGAAGACCGACGAAUGUGGCUGCAGCCCAACGUCAGGCUCUCUUAGACCCCCAGCAGACCAGUAUCAACUUCGAGACGCCGAGGGUGCGAUUCGCAAGCCUGGUAGUCAGCGGUGUCGACACCACCGCCCUGCCGCCCCGAGCGCCCGAGCCGGCUACCGGACCAACGCCUACCGCCGCCGCCAACCCUGCGGUCACUGCCACUCCGAACCAACGCGACGCCGAGGGAGACACCACGAUGGACUCAAUUACCGUCGCAGGCGAUGAAAAUAAAAAUUUUACUCUGGAACACCGAAGGAAACAAGCAAACACUGGAAGCAGUGGGACUCCGAAGCCACGGAGAAUUGGUGCCGCGUGUGGUUCCCAGAGGCGGACCUCGGAAGGGAAAGCCGCGGAUUCGAGCUUUGGUCCGUAUACAACCCCCCCCGCCGGCGAGAACGUACCGAGAGCCCUCCAAGGGCGGCCAAGGCCAAGCCACCCGGCGGUUUUGGCAGGAGACUUCAACCUAAAGAACCCACUGUGGGACGGGUUCGGACGCUACGACAGGAAAUCUGAAGACCUAUUGCAGCUGGGUUCCCUGUGGGACCUCACCAUCAGGACUCCAAGGGGAGCGACAACGCGAGCUCCCCAGGGGCGACAGCGCGAGCUCCCCAGAGGCGACAGCGAGGCCGCCCGUCAACCAUCGACCACUUCUGGACUUCGGAAAACCUCCAAACAGUAUACUACGGGGAAGAGUGUCGUGGAAAGUCAGACCACUACCCACAAGUGCUCGAGGUCGGGGAAGGGCAUGGGCCGAGGCCAACCCAACCGGAUGGCUGGGCCUGGAAGAAGAUGGACAGGGAGAGGCCUGGUCGAGUGGCUCACCUGGGUCGCGAAGGAAAGCACUCCACGGAAGAAGGCGAGCUGCGGCUACAGCUCCCCCUGGUGGACUGUGGAGGUGCAGCAGGCCGCCCGGGAGGCCAGAAGGGCCGAGAGGCUGGCGAAGGAGACCCGGGCAGGGUACUGCUGGGAGGAGCUUAGCGAAAGACUCAGGGACCUUUCCAGAACAACGCGCGAAGCACGGACGAGGGCUUGGAGGAACAACCUGCAGGAAGCAAGCGAGGCAAAGAAGCCCGAUCAGAUAUGGAGCUUGGAAAGAUGGGCUAGGCUACGGAGCUUUUUGCCGCCGGAACCACCGAGACUACCGGCAUUUAAGGACUCGUCCGGGCAAGUAACGGCCGAAACGCACGACCAGAAAGCCAGCGCACUGGCCGAGGGGUUCUUCCCGGACCCACUGGCCAACCUAACGGACGUGGAAGACCAAGCCUUUCUAGGCGACUGGAACCGGGGAUUCGACGUCUCACAGGCAGUGACGCCGACCGAGAUCGCGAAAGCAAUAGGAGGAGCAAGCCCCUGGAAGGCGUCAGGAGAGGAUCUGCUCCCGAUGGGUCUUCUGAAGGCAUGUGGAAUGCCACUGGCUGAAGUGCUCGCCGUAUUGGCGACGAGGUGCCUGGAACUAGGAUGGUUUCCCGACCGGUUCAAAAAGGCAAAGACCAUAGUACUACCGAAGCCAGGGAAGGCGCCCCCAGUGUAUCAGACCCCGGGAGGGUACAGGCCCAUUGCGCUACUGCCAACCCUAGGGAAGGUAAUAGAGUCAGUGGUCGCCAGGAAGGUCACUCAAGCUGCAGAAGUCAACGGCCUCCUACCAGAUGAACAAAUGGGGAACUGGGCACACCGCUCUACAGAGCUGGCUGUCCGGCUAGUAGUAGCCCAGGUCCAGGAGGCGUGGAGACAGAAGGCAACUUUGCGAGAACUGGGCUUCCCGAGGUGGCUGGUCCUCUGGACGAGAGAUUGGUUGACCGGUCGAGAGGCCACCCUUCUUUUCGACGGCAAGAUGGCGGCGCCGACGGCAAUUCGGGCAGGGGUCCCCCAAGGCUCACACCUUUCUACUGUUCUCUUCAUCCUCUACAUUUCCUCAUUAUACAAGCAGCUAAAAGACGAGCACCCUCACUUGGCUAUAACAGGGUUUGCGGAUGACACCAACCUUCUAGUAUUUGGUCGAAACCCCGAAGCCAAUGGCCGGCAACUAGAGGCGGCGUGGGAAACGUGUAUACGAUGGGCGGACAGCCGGGGGAUGAAGUUCGCCCCGGAAAAGAGCGAACUCAUCCAUUUCAACAAAGGGCGACGGCAGUGGACCGAACAGGUAAACCUUGCCAACCCAGGGGGAGGCACUAGCCCCGUUAAACCAGAAGAGUCUGCCAGGUUCCUGGGGGUCUGGUUGGACUGGAAACUCAACUGGAAGGCUCACCUGGUGGCGGUGGAGAAGAAGCUGAGGACCCAGAGCUAUGCCCUGUCGAGAAUCGUGGCAAAGACGCGGGGAAUGGGGCUAGCCAAAGUGCGAGAAGUGUACACAAAGUGCAUCCGGUCGGCGCUGGCCUAUGGCGCAUCAUCGUUUUACAUCCCCACGGAUGUGGGAGGCGAGCCGGCAAAGAAAGGCAUCACUAAGACCCUCGGGAAGGCCCAGAACAAGAGCUUGCGGAUUGUGGCGGGAGCCUUUAAGUCUACCCCCAUCCGUAACCUCGAGACAGAGGCAUGGGUACCACCAUUGGACUUGUACCUAAACAAACGGCUUGCAGAUUUCGAAAACCGACUCCAACGACCCGACCUGGACGACGGUCAAGGCGGCAAGAAGACGGCGGCGAGCGUUGUCCUCACCGCCUGCCGCAAGAUACAGCAGAGACUUAGCUCGGAGAGGGGCAACAGGAGCCGACCGCGAACCUUGGGACCUCAAGGGCCUACGGCGGUGGAGAGAGCCGCGGGCACGGUCAUGCGCUGGACGGGGGGAAUCGUUGAUACGAACAGGGUAGUAGAAGAGGCUUGGAAAGCCAGGUGGUUAAAGGAACGGGACGGCAGGGCAAUCGGCAGGCCGGCGGACGACUUUGACCAUCAGGAGGAGACGUUAUUCCCGAACGAAACCCUAAGGAGGCACGACGGUCUCAGCAAGGCGAAGAGCUCACUGCUGAUUCAAAUCCGGACGGGAGCAAUAGGCUUACGGGACUUUUUGUUUACACGGGGAGUCCCGGAGGUUCUGACUCCUGCCUGCGAGUGUGGUGUUUGGCCCCACCGUUGA